UUCCAUUUACUUUGUCUCCUCAUUCAAAAGAAAGCAUAAAUCUGAAACUAGUGUGGGUUGGUUCAUCGCGCACAGUUUCAUGAAUAAAUUGUUCGACAAAAUUCGAGUAACAGCAGCACCAACACAGAGCACAACAUGAAAGCUAUAAAAACACUUUCCUGCGAAAACAACCAACGCAUUAUCGCAACCUUAUUCAACAAUCUCCAAACACCACGAUCACCAAAAUUUGAUCGAUUCCUUCAUUCUCAUCCCGAAUCACCGCCAGCUUCAUUCAUCCAAAACCUUCUCAAAUUCCGAAGAGACAAACCAACGCAACAAAUCGAACAUGCUCUCAACCUCUGCAAAAUUCACCCCAACCACGAACUCGUCCUCGAAGUCUUGCAACGUCACCGUUCCGAUUGGAAACCCGCGUUCACUUUCUUCAAAUGGGUCUCCAAAACCAACAACUACACACCCAGUUGCCACGUGUAUAACGAGAUUCUCAACAUCCUCGGUAAAAUGAAGCGUUUUGAGGAGUUACACCAAGUGCUUGACGAAAUGUCGCAACGAAAAGAACUCGUAAAUGAAGAAACUUUUUCCAUUUUGAUUCGUAGGUUUGUGGCUGCACAUAAAGUGGAGGAAGCAAUUAACAUGUUCCACAGAAGGGAAGAGUAUGGUUUGAACAAUGAGUUUGAUUCAGAAGCUUUUCGUACUCUCUUGAUGUGGCUGUGUAGGUAUAAACACGUUGAAGAAGCAGAAACUUUGUUUCAUAGUAAGAUGAACAAGUUUCAGCUUUAUCAUGAUAUAAAAACUUGGAAUGUAAUUCUCAAUGGUUGGUGUGUUUUAGGGAAUACACAUGAAGCUAAGAGGUUAUGGAAAGAUAUAAUAAGUUCUAAAUGCAAGCCUGAUAUUUUCACCUAUGCAACUUUCAUUAAGGCGAUGACGAAUAAAGGGAAAUUGGGAACAACUUUAAAGUUGUUCAAUCGUAUGUGGAAAGAUGAGAGUUGUAAACCUGAUGUUGUGAUAUGCAAUUGUGUAAUUGACGGUCUUUGUUUUAAGAAGAGGAUUCCUGAGGCGUUGCAGGUUUUUCGUGAUAUGAAGGAACGAGGUUGUCAGCCGAAUGUAGCUACUUAUAAUUCGUUGAUUAAGCAUCUUUGUAAGAUAAGGCGAAUGGAUAAGGUUUAUGAACUGGUAGAGGAUAUGGAGAGGAGGAAUGAGGGUUGUUUGCCUAAUGAAGUUACUUAUAGUUACUUGCUUAAGUCGCUGAAGACGCCUCAGGAAAUUCCUAGGGUUUUGGAGGCAAUGGAGAGAAAUGGGUGUGCAAUGAGUGACGAUGUUUACAAUUUGGUCUUGAGGUUGUAUAUGAAAUGGAAUGAUCUUGAUGGAUUGAGAAAAACAUGGGAAGAAAUGGAGAGGAAUGGAUUGGGACUAGACAGACGAUCGUAUACCAUCAUGAUUCAUGGACAUUAUGAAAAUGGGAGGAUAAAAGAUGCUAUGCGUUAUUUCAAGGAGUUAACGUCGAAGGGGAUGGUGCCGGAGCCAAUAACCGAGAAACUAAUGAUUUCCAUGAACCCUCAGUUGACGGAGAGAACGGGAGAACAAGAAGGAAUUGAAGGAGAUGAGUCUAAUGUCUGAGGUAUUGAAAUGUUGGUCCAAUUGUGAGAGUUGGACAAUGAUAUUUAUGCAUAUUUGUUGUUCAGAUUGGCUGCUAGAGUUUUGUUUGAACUACAUGUAGACGAUUCAGAAUUUGCUAGGACUUGAAUCAUGGUUAGAGCAUCAAAAUGGGAAAGAAUUGUAUCCUCCAAUAUAUAGAUACCUGGACACAUUUUAUGUUGUUUAUCAUUUUUUGUGAAUGAGAAGAAUAAAAAAGUAAUGAGCAUAAACUCAGACAAUGUGUGUGAGUGUGUAGAUCAAAUUACAUCUCCAAUUACUAUUGGCAUAGUUGUUUGUGUUGACCAAA